CAGUACAAACCAGUAUAAACCAGUAACCCCCCCCAAUCCCACCAUGGAUCUCCUCCAGUCCCUCCAAUUCCUGGCCAAGGACAACCUGGACUUCUUCUCCCCGCCCCAAAACCCCCAAAAACUUCCCGAUUCCGACACUUCCGGUUCCGGCAAUUCCGACAUUUCCGGUUCCGGCAUUUCCGGCGUUCCGGGUUCCUCCAUUUCCGGCAUUUUUGGUUCCGGCAUUUUUGGUUCCGCCACUUCCGGGAUUGCCGGUUCCGGUGUUUCCGGGAUUCCCGGUUCUGGCAUUUCCGGUGUUCCCGGUUCCGGUGUUUCCGGUUCUGCCCCCGUCUCCACCCCUUCCCGCCGCCUCGCCGCCGCUUUCUCCUCCCUCCUCCGCCACGGCCGCCAUCUUGGCCCCGCCUUGUCCCGCCUUUCCCACAUCGCCCCCGACUUCGACCUCGACCCCGCCACUCCCGGUAACGGCUACCGGAGCCUGCUGGAGGUGCUGCGCGUGUGCCUGGAGCUCGCCGUCCAGCGCUGCCGCCACGUGGCCGCCCGGCGCCGCAGCCUCUUCUUCCGGGCCGGCGCCAGCGCCGCCGAGCUCGAGGCCGUGGCGGCGGCGUUGGGGCAGCUCCGGGCCAUGGCCGUGCUGGCCGUCAAGAUGGCGGAGGUGUCCAAGGACGGGCGGUUGUUUCCCGACGGGGAGAAGGUGAGGAAGGACCUGGAGGAGGAGGAGGAGGAGGAGGAGGAGGAGGAAGAUGGAGAAAGCAUCAGCGAGGUGGUGCUGCGGGAGUUCAGCACGAUGCACAACGGCUGCUUCUACGGGAGGUGCUUGGGCUUCCAGUUUGUGCCGUCGCUCCGGCCGUUCCUGCAGACGUUGGCCAUCGGCCUCGUGUCCUUCGGCGAGAAUUACGGCAGCCGCGAGCCCGCCAUCG